CUCUUAGGAUAUAUAGAGCCGGGGAGCGUAGAACCGUUAUACUACCCACCGGACGCACCAGAGAGGAGACAUCCUGCGAAUCUGUGCCAGGUGAGGAUCAGAAAACGUAACCCUCUUUGUUUGCAGGGAAGGAACGUGGACGGUGAAUGGACUCCUUUGUCUUCACGGUUUAAAGUUACAGCCCUGACCCGCUCCCUCUUUUCAGCUGUUUGCUCUCUUUUGAGCUUUGUUUCUCUUUUUCAUGCAACCUGUUCCAAAAUGAUGAUGCAAAUUUUUCACGUCCAGCCAGAUUAUGCACAGGAAAGCAACUGAUGCAGCUUUCUGUUGAACUUUAAUCAAAGGGAGUUUAGAAAAUGUAUAUUUCUGCUGAAAAGUCAGGUCACACACAAGUUAUAUGGAGUAAAAAAUGAAGCGUGGAUGAUGACGCCGCAUCUGUCUGUCUGUCUGAGAACCCCAAAAAAAAGAAAAAAAAAAGAAUAAUAAUCCCACUGCCUGCUCUGUGGAGAUUACUUCAUCCACCUUUUGUCUUUCAGAAUGAAAAUGGCAGUCACGAAAACAUCUCAAGGUAUCCAAAAGCGAAGUUCACUCAUGUUGUGCCAUAAAUGUGAAAGCAUAGAGAUGCAGAAAACCUCUGUAAAAGGAAGCAGGAUGCCAGAGCAGCUGGUUAUUCACAGCCUCAGGAGACGUAUCUUUUGAGUGAUGGAAUGAGGAAGGCAGAGCUUGCAGGGCACACACCCUGCUUCGGUGUAAAAGCGUCACAGACUGAGCUGACCGAAAAAGCAAUUUAUGACCGUUAAAGAGACAGAGUAGAGUUGCCAGCAGUUUGCAUUAAUUACAGUUCUAGAAAAGUGCGAGGCAUCAGAUUUCAGCAGCCUGAGCCUCACAGUGCUGCUGACGUGGCACCGAUCAUGGCUGCCACUGUCUGGAGGCUUUCCAAAGCUUCUCUGGCCUGAACCAGCCCUGCCUUCACAGCCCCACCCCCACUCAGAAAGUACAGGCUUUCCACUGGAAUUGACUUGCUUCCUGCUCAUUUUUCCAUUUUCCAACAGUCUAGGUGAUAUUCUUGCAAUUUCAACACAAAAUUAGACCUUGAAGUUGCUGGUUCCAACAUCUGUGCGUUUCUGCAAGCCACAAAACGCCUACAUGAUUAAACAGUGUGGUACAGCCAAUUUACGAUUGUUUUAGUAGCCACAGUAGCUCCUGAUCAGCUUUGUUUUAUAAUAUGGAACUACUCAAACUGUUUUUUUUUCUUUUAAAAGCAGAGACACUUUCUAAACCAAAUCAAGAGUCUAAUGUCAAGUUCAAUUUGUAUUUAAUGUUUUCAAGAGUCCAAAAAAAGAGAGAAAAAAAUGCAACCAUGUGAUAUUCGUGAUAUUUUUAACUGAUGUUUGGUGAUGUUAACUCACUCUCUGUUUCUUCUGUUGUUUUUUUCUUGUUGUUUUUUUUGCAGUUUGCUGCAGCUGCGCUCGAAGCCAAACAGGAUGUGGAUGACCAGAGUCGUUGCCCUUUGUCUGCUGGCCUUCGUGGCCUCUGCAGAAGACAAGAAGCUGAGCAGCCAUGCAAACACGCUGGCUGACAACAGCGCCAACUUGGCCUUCAGCCUGUACCACAAGAUGGCUCAGGACAAAAAUACAGAGAACAUCGUGGUUUCUCCAGUUGUCGUGGCCUCCUCUCUGGGGCUGGUGGCUCUCGGUGGCAAGGCCUCCACUGCAUCCCAAGUGAAAACCGUCCUCAGUGCUGACAAACUCAAGGACGAGCACCUGCAUGCGGGCCUGUCAGAGCUCCUCUCCGAGGUGAGCAACUUCAAGACCCGAAACUCCACCUGGAAGAUUAACAACCGCCUCUACGGCCCCAGCUCUGUCUCCUUCGCCGACGACUUCGUGAAGACCAGCAAGAAGCACUACAACUACGACCACUCCAAAAUUAACUUCAGGGACAAGCGGAGCGCAGUGAACUCCAUCAACGAGUGGGCGGCCAAGUCGACAGACGGCAAGCUGCCCGAGAUCACCAAGGACGUGCAGAACCCAGACGGAGCCAUGAUUGUCAACGCCAUGUUUUUUAAGCCUCACUGGGACGAGAGAUUCCACGAAAAGAUGGUGGACAACCGCGGCUUCCUGGUUACCCGCUCUUUCACCGUUGGCGUUGCCAUGAUGCACCGCACAGGUCUCUACGACUUCUAUGAGGACAAAGAGAACAAUCUCUACAUCCUGAACAUGCCUCUGGGCAAGAAGCAGGCCUCCAUGAUCUUCAUCAUGCCCUAUCACCUGGAGCCCCUGGAACGCCUGGAGAAACUGCUGACGAAGAAGCAGGUAGACACUUGGCUCGGCAAAAUGGAGAACAGAGCCGUGGCGAUCUCGCUCCCCAAGAUCUCACUGGAAGUCAGCCACAACCUGCAGAAAUAUUUAGCCGAGCUGGGCCUGACUGAAGCUGUGGACAAAUCCAAAGCCGACCUGUCGAACAUCUCAGGGAAGAAGGACCUCUACCUCUCCAACGUCUUCCACGCGUCCGCCCUGGAGCUGGACGUGGACGGAAACCCCUACGACACGAGCAUCUUCGGCACAGAGAAGCUGAGAAACCCCAAGCUCUUCUACGUUGACCACCCCUUCAUCUUCCUGGUGAAGGACAACAAGACCAACUCCAUCCUGUACAUCGGCAGAGUGGUCAGACCCAAGGGUGAUAAGAUGCGUGACGAGCUAUAAUGAUAAAGGUGUGACUCGUGCUGGGUAUUUAAUAUUUGUGAAAAAUUUUGUGAAAUUCCGACAGGAAACUGUGUGCGUGAGUGUGCGGAUGUGUUUUUAUUGGUGAGACUGUUACCUCAAGAGCACACUCUAAAAGACAAUCUGUGGACUGGAUAGCUAAGCAUACUGGUUAGACACACUUUGAGCCUCCAGAGGCAAAAAAA